CCGUCAGUCAGAUCAUGACGGUGUUUGUUUGUUUUCUAAUCAAGACGGAAUUUUACCUGCGUUUUUGUAAAUAAGAAUUAUAUAUUUUACUCUUAUAUAUAAAUUGGGAAUGACUUCAAAAGUGUAUGCUUAGCCGCACGCUAACGAUAUGUAGUUAAAAAAAAUAAAGUAAAGUAGUCUUUAUUGGAACAAUGUCGAUAUAAUAUAUACCUGGGUAAAUUAUUCAUUCAUAUAAUCAUGGAAUUCUAAUUAUUUAACAUUUUUAAAAAUAAUUAAUUUUGUGAAGGAUAAAACCUCGCUUUGUGAUUGGUUAAAAAGCCCCGGGUCGCUGAGGAAGCGCCGCGCAAGGCAUUGUGGGAAGGAGGCGAGUUCUUCGUGCUAACUCCUCCAGGCCACACAAAGCACUAGAGUGCCGAAUAAAUUCAGCGAAUACAAUUAAACUAAUCAAAAGAAACGGAUAAAAAUAAUUAAAUAAAAGUUUUUUUGUUGUUUAAAAAGUGAAUUUGUAUGACUCAGACGCGCGAUGCCGAAUUUCUGCGCGGCGCUGCACUGUUCCCGGAUGAGCUCACACUCCGUGCUGGCUUUCUUCAGGUUUCCGCGGGAUCCCGAGAGGUGUAGGAAGUGGGUGGAAAACUGCAGUCGGUCAGAUCUGAGAGAUAAAACUCCAGAACACCUGAACAAGUACCACAGACUGUGUGCCAGACACUUCGAACCUGAUCUGAUCUUAAAAACCAGUCCGUUCAGGACAGUUCUAAAGGACACGGCGAUACCCACCAUCUUCGACCAUCCCAACCGCAAACGGACAAAUGAAAAGCAGGAGGCAGAUAACGCACUGCAGGUGAAAGUGCAGAAAGUGGAAGAGAGUCAGGACAAGGAUGCGGAAAACGCUGCGGAAAGUGCUAACGGACAAGAGCCUCCUGAGGAACCGCAGGUCCCGGAUAAGGAGCGGGAUCAGCGCGAGUACCUCCGCUCCCUGUUCGACGUCGUGGUCAUGAUGGGGCGCCAGAACAUCCCCCUGCAGGGCCACUCUGACCGAGAGCCGAGGAGCAAAGCCUUCACCCCGAGCAACUUCCAGGCGCUGCUGGAGUUCCGCAUCAACGCCGGUGACGACGCACUCCGGAGGCGUUUUGAGAGCUCGCCCACCAGUUUGGAGUUCUGCUCGUCCACGGAGCUGCCCCAGAUCCUGGAGGUGGGCGAGAAGUGCGUUUGCGAGGAGCUGAUCUCCGAGGUCAAGGAGGCCCGCUUUUUUUCCCUGGUCAUGGAAAAUGUGGUGGAGAUCAGCGAGGACAGCAGACUUCCCACGUUCAUCCGCUUCGUGGAUCAGAACAACUGCUUGCGCGAGGAGUUUUUAGGAUUCCUGCUCUUCGAAGGAGAUGUCGAUAGCAUCGCAGAAAACCUCCUUGCCGAAAUAAUCGGGAAAAACGGGCUGAACAUGGAGGACUGCAGAGGCCAGGCGUACUUUAGCACCGGCGUCAACGCCGCCAAAGUAAAAGCCGUCGCUAUGAAACUGAGCCAGCGCUAUCCAUUAGCCGUGCUCACGCCCAGCUCCGGCCACGCCCUGAACAUCAGUCUGGCCCACAGCAUGGACCUGACGAGUGUGCAUCUGGUCAUGUCAACCCUAAAGAAGUUGGACGCCUUCUUCAGCAGGUCUCCUCUCCUCCUGGAUCAGCUGACGAGUGCAAUCUCGAUUUAUUACCAGGGGAACGAAGACAAGGCGAACCUGCUCAAGCAGACGUGUCGCACCGACUGGACACAGCAGCACGACGUCUUCGAGGUGGCCGUCGACCUACUCGAGUCCCUGCUGCUCUGCAUGGACAGUGUCCACGACAACGAGGAGCUGAAGUGGAGCGAUGAGAUCGCGCACGAGGCCUUCGUCGUCUCCGAGGCGCUGGCGGACUUCGAGUUUGUGAUGGCGCUUGUGGUCUUGAAGAACACGCUCUCGUUUUCCAGGGCGUUCGGGAAGAACCUGCAGGGACAAACCAGCGAGGCCUUCUUCGCCGCCAACAGCUUGACGGCUGUCCUGCACUCUCUCAACGAGAUCCUCGAGAACAUCGAGGUUUAUCACGAGUUCUGGUUCGAGGAGGCCAUCAACCUCGCCGCCGCCUUGGAGAUUCCCGUCAAAAUCCCCAGGCUCUUCUUUAGGAAGCAGCGCGCCGACGCUGGAGACGAGAUCCAGCCCGAGACGUACUACAAGGUCCAUCUGACGUACCCGGUCGUCACUCAGGUCAUCAGGGAGCUGAGUGAGUUCUUCUCUGAGAAUCACCUUAACGCGCUCAGGUCCCUGUCGCUCGUCCCGGCGAUCAUGUCGCAGCUGAAGUUCAACACGGAGGAGAAUAGCACUGACAUCUACAAGGAUGACCUUCCCAAUCCGGAGACUCUUCCCACCGAGCUCAACUGCUGGAAGAUCAAGUGGAAGCAUGGCGCCAAGAACGUCACGCUGCCCUCCACCAUCUAUGAGACGCUCCAGCUGUCUGACGUUAAGUUCUUUCCCAACGUCUGCGCACUCCUUAAGGUCCUUCACUGCCUCCCGGUGCUGUCACUCGCGGACGAGAAGGGCGGCGAGGCGAGGAGGCGUCUGACGGCGUACCUGCAGGACACGCCCCCCAGGCACAGACAGAAGAGCCUGGCACUGUUCAGCAUCAAUUGUGAGGCGAGAGUGGAUGUGGACCUGAUGGUUGAGGCGUAUCUUGCCACGUAUCCCGACAAAGAGACAACGGAGGAACCUGCGUGAUUAACACUAGCAUGUGACGCGCCAGAAACAUGAAUUAGCGCUCCAUGUUUGUUUGGCCAUCAAUUUAGCAGCUUGACCGCCCUUGUUGCCAUAGCAACACCUGAGUUUAUGUCGCGUUUGAUCGGCCGAUCACAACUACGUUUUUAUGAUGUCAUCACUGGGCGUCGGCUUUAAAUAUUCUCAGUGUGAUGAAAUGAUUAGUGAUUAUAAUUGAAAUUUCUUCCUUCUUUUUCUUUUCUUUUUUGACUCUUGUAUAUUACGAGAGAACACCUCUCUGUUCUACUCUUAGAUUUCUUUUCUAAACUGUUCAUUCAUUCUUUCCAAGUCUAUUACUUUUCUUAACCUUCUUUUUUCUCUUUCCUGUUACAUAACCCACCUAAACUAUUCUUUCCUUCUUCCUGUCUUUUUUUUAAACUUCUGUUCUUAGGUUUUUACUUAAACAUUUAUUUUUCUUUCUUUCUUUUUUUUCUAAAUUUUUUUUUUUAGAUGUUUCUCUAUUCUCUUUUCCUUCCAUUUUAUUUGUCCCUACCAAGUGUUUUCUAUGUUCUCAGGUAGACGUGUCCAGCCGAGCCGAUCUUAGCGUUUUUUACCAAACACCUCAUACUCACAUGAUCUUUCUUAUUGGUUUCUCAAAUUUAAAUUAAGCUCUGCCCACAUGAACGCUGCACAAAAAUGUACUUCUCCCUCUUCCUUACUGUCAGAUUUUAGGUUUCCUCUUUUCUUCAUUGUGUGUGUGUGUGUGUGUGUGUGUGUGUGUGCGCGCGCGCGCGAGAGAGAGAGAGAGAGAGAGAGAGAGAUCAAGGUGUAAUGGAAAUUAAUCAAACUGUGUGUAAUAAAGUUAUGUUUCUGAUCUCAGCAGCUUGUAAAAACAUUUUGCUUUUUGCUCCCUCAUUAGGAAAAGAAAAAUAUACAUAUAAAUAUUUUUAUUUUAGACAUCACUAUAUGUAAGCGUACACACUUGUGCCAUGAAAUCCCUGUGCCACUUCAGAGACAGGAAAGUGUGUGUUAGUAAUCUACUCAAUACCUGAAUUCCUUGGUUAUGUUUCUGCUAUAUAUAUUUUUUUGCCCCCCCCCCCCCAAGGUUUUUUACUAAACUCACCUGAAGCGUUUGAGUAAUAAAGUUGUCACAUGUCUGUUUUUUUUUUUUUUUUUUUAUGAAUAUAAAGGUGUUGCAUUAUAAACUAAUAAACGAGUCUGUGAACACUGCCUUAUAAAAAGGAGUAUAUUUGGUUAUUACUCUUAAUCUUUCACAUCAUCUCUGUUCUUCUCCUGCUUUCAGAUGCUCCUGUAAGGGGUCGCCACAGCAGACCAUUUCUCCCCAUAUAACUCUGACUUCUCCAUCUAUCCCUGACACUUCAACCUCCUGCAUGUCCUCCUUCACCGUAAACCUCUUUUGGGCCUUCUUCUUCUCCUGCCUCUCAGCUCCAUCUCUAACACUCCUUCCAAUACACCCCUCGUGCCUCCUCUUCACAUGUCCAAAUCAUCUUAAUCUGGCCUCUCUAACUUUGUCCCCAAACUGUCCUAUCUGCACUUCCUCUAAUAUACUUAUUUCUAAACCUGUCUGUUCUUGUCACUUCCAAAGCAAA